AUGGCCAAACGCAACAGACCAGCGCCAGGAGCUCCCUUCUUCACACCUGUCCAGGACCCGCCGGUAGGCACCGCUCUCAGUCCCAACCCGCCGACGCUCUUCUCGCCUUUGAAGAUCAGAGAUGUGACGUUCCAGAAUAGAAUUUGGGUCGCCCCAAUGUGCAUGUACUCAGCCUCCAACGGACACCUCACAGACUUCCACCUCGCCCACCUCUCCGCCUUCGCCUUCCGCGGCGCCUCCCUCACCAUCAUCGAAGCCACAGCCGUCCUACCCAACGGCCGCAUCUCCCCCGAAGACGCCGGCCUCUGGCAAGACUCCCAAAUCGCCCCCAUCCAACGCAUCGCCGCCUUCGUCCACUCCCAGAACCAAAAGCUCGGCCUGCAACUCGCGCACGCCGGCCGCAAAGCCAGCACGCUCGCCCCCUGGCUGCUCGCGCGCGGCGAGAAGGCCCUCGCGGCGACCGAUCAAAACGGCUGGCCCACCGACGUGGUCGGGCCCAGCGCCAUCGGCUGGGGCGACGGGUACGCGACGCCGCGCGCGAUGAGCGUGCGCGACGUGCAGGACGUGGUGGACGGCUUCCGGGAGGGGGCGCGGCGGGCGGUCGAGGCGGGCGUGGACGUCCUCGAGAUCCACGCCGCGCACGGGUACCUGCUCUGCUCGUUUCUGAGCCCGAUCUCGAACCGGCGGACGGAUGCGUACGGCGGCAGUUUCGAGAAUCGGGCGAGGCUGCUGCUGGAGGUGGUGCAGGCGGUGCGGGGGGCCAUCCCGCGGGGGAUGCCGCUGCUGGUACGGGUUAGUGCGACGGAGUGGAUGGAGGGGAAGACGGGGGAGAGUUGGGAUGUGGAGUCGACGAUUCGGUUGGCGAAGAUCCUGCCGGCGCUGGGGGUUGACCUGUUGGAUGUGAGCUCGGGUGGGAACUGCGAGCGGCAGACGGUCGAGGUGUUCAAUGACUACCAGGUCGGGCUUGCGGCUAGGAUUCGAAAGGAGCUUCACGGAGCGGGUAUCACGGAUCUGCUGAUUGGUGCUGUGGGCAUGAUUACCGAGGCUGAAGUUGCGAAGAGCAUUCUGGAGAAGAGCGAAGAUACCAUUGAGAUUACGGACGAGAAUGGCGGGUUGGCAAAGGCGGAUGUCGUGUUGGUCGGGCGACAAUUCCUGAGAGAGCCGGAGUGGGUGUUGCGGGUUGCUCAUCGACUGGGUCUCAAAGUGCAAUGGCCACAACAGUAUCAGAGGGGACAGUUUCUGAAGGGGAGCAAGAUCUAG